AAUGUGUGUGUAUUAAUGCAUGUUUGAGGGCAUGCGAGUCAGAGUGGGCUGGGUUAUCAGAGCAGAGAGAAAGAAGGCAGUUUGCAGUGGACAGGAGAGAAAUUCACAUUCUUCAUCUCAACUUUGCUUGUCGCAGUCGUCUGGACAUUGCUGGGCAUACUCUUUCUUUCUUACUUUCUUUCUUUGCUUUUACUCUGAUUUUGCAUGAUUGCCAUUCUUCUUGAUCAAACACUUCAUUUUAGUUUCUCUUAGUAUCUUCUACCAGAAGAGUUAUUUCUUUAGGUUGCUUUUCUCAUAUUAACUGUCCAUCUUUCCAAUUUUUGACUGUAUCCAUUCAUUCAAUAUCUGGCCUCAUUUACAUAUUUUAUUUGCAUAACCUAAUGCAAUUUGGUGGUACCAGAUGGAGUCAAAGCAUCAUGGACCUCGACCUCUAAGACCCACAAGUCCAGCCAUGCCUUUCGUAGGUUGUCCCCACACAAAUGGAUGUGGAGGCCCGGGACGGAUGUUGCUACGUGAGAUGCUUUGGCAGCUGGAGCAAAGAGCACUUCAGGUUCAGGAGGAGGAGUUUCAGUACUGCAUUUCUCGUGGCAUUCUGGGAUACCGUCACCCCCCAGCAUACCCAAGCCUGCUUGCCCUUAUACCUGCUGCUGAACACCGCCAGCUAGAGCGCCUGUGUGGUCGCAUCCCACCCUCACACACUGCCAUUGUACUUUCCAGGCUUCAUGAUCUUAUGGCCCACAAUGACAUUCCUCCCUGGGAACUGGUGGGAGUCUUCAAACAAGUCCUUAGAGACUUCCUGAGGAGACAGGAAGACGGCAUUCGGAAACGUCCAGCCCCUUCAGCUCCAUCAACAAUUCUUUCUGCUCCGAGUCCACCUACAGAGAGUAAUGACAGAAACCACAUUGUUGAAACUGCAUCUAAUUCUUUAUCAGAGGAGUCUGGAAAGCACAGGGAAGAAAUUCCUACGAUUUCUAGUUAUGUGGAUAAACAUUUGCGUGCCGCCUGCCCCUACUCUAUCCAUAGAGAUUGGAGUCUGCCCUUCUGUCAUCCAUUUGCUUAUGAGGCCUAUGGCACCACAUUGUGAGACACUUAAUUAUAGAAGUCCAACAACUAUUAAUGGCAGUUCAUAACAAUUUUAUGUUUUGUCAAAUUGGUGGCUAAUUAGUAAGAAUUUGUACAAUCUGAUUGGUAUGUUUUUGUAUGACUGGCUUGCAUCCCAUAGAUGGUUACUUUCAUAGUAAUACUUUAAUGUACUACUAAUAUUGCAUUUUCAUACUAAUAUUGCAUUUUCAUACAAAUUAACACCAAUAAGUUCAUAUGAAAUCGCCACCUUGUAAAAUAAUUGUUUCCUCAUGAGAUUGGCUUGAAAAUUCAACGCAACCAUUUUAUGUCUUUCCAGUCUGAAAAAUCGAAUCCUCUGCUCCAGUUAAUUAGAAUAAUUAAAAGUAAGUAACAUGAAGAUGUGUUAUGUUAUGUUAAAACUUGGAAGAUGAGCCAUAAUCUUUUUGCAAUUGAUCGAUAAAAUGAAAAAAAAAAAAAAGAUUUUAAUGACAAGAAGUAGCUACUUUUUCGAUAAAAGAUUUGUUACAUUAUAAUAAUAAUUUUUAAAAAAUUAUUAUAUAAAUAUUGUUAUUAUUAUUAUUAAUAAUAAGUUGUGUCUAGUUUUUGGAGCUUGACAACUCCUGGUUAUAUGAACUGAUGACAAAAACUGCAUAAUGAUUCUUCAAAAAAACAAAUAAAUAAAAAUAAAAAUACUUUUGUGUUUUAUAGACAAAAUAAAAGUUACAAUAGUAAAUACUGACAGAAUUUUCAUUCUAAUAGUUGAAUGUCUUUAGAACUAUUGCUUUGAUGUUAUUGUCUAAACUAACAAUUGCCUUUUUUGCAUUUGUACCCAUUUGUUUCUAAUUACAAUUACAUUUUUAUUAAUUAAUUUAUUAAUUAUUAUAAUUAAUAAUAAUAUUAUUGUGCUUUAGCUUUCCAGAGUCUACAGCUAAUGACUGAUCAAACUAAAAGUAGCACACACACAUAAGCAGAUACACCCUGAGCAGUCAACCCAGAUAUCCAACCUAAUCUAUCAUUCUUUUUCAGAGUUAUAUUUCCGGAUUACAGAGCAGAGUUUAGCCUGAGGGGAGAAGAUUGCACCAAUGCCUUUGUGCAUCAGUGGUCCUGCUUGCUGCAUGUACCCAUGAACUACCAACGAUAACACUCUCACCUCUCCCAUGCUUUUUAGAUAACAGUUAAAAUCCUUUCUUGUCUUUUAUCAUAAAGUGUCAGAAUAUUAUAGUGUUUGUCAUGUAGCAUGGACUGAAAGUGUAGGUUUUGUAGUUAUCUCUUGACUGCUGAAUAACUGUGUGGCCAGACAAAGUGAAGUUCUCUUCUGUAGAGUGUUUGUUACCACAAAAUCAAAUACAGUAUGUAGCAUAAAUAUAGUCAUCACAUUUUCUGCCUAUACUUUUGCUGUUACCUCUUCUACAGAAUAUAAUAAUUUAUGUAACAUGUUUAAUUUGCUUCUGUGAACCCUGCAAGUUUUAUUGUUCUCUUCAUGUCAAUUGUAAGUGAAAAUUAAAUUUGAACAAAACCUAA